AGAGGAGAUUAAUGAAGGACUAAACCGUGUUUGUUAACCUGUGAAAUGUAGAAUUCUGGGGUUUAUUGAACAUUUAAUGAAUAAAUGGGAAACAUUAGAAACUAAACAAAAAUUCAGGGACCUAUAUUGUAAAUUAAACAAAUUUGAAACUUUUAUAUCCGGGUCAAACUAUUCUUUUUGGGGGUCAAAAUCCGGGUCAAACUAUUCAACCACUGGUAUUAGAGAGAUUGCUUCUGAGUAUAGCGUUUACGAGGACGUGGUAUUUACGAAGAUUAAAGAGAGUGUAAACGUUGCUGCAUCUCAUCCGCUAAUGUCAGGAACCUUAGCCUUUGGUGUUGGGAUCUUUGCUCUGAAAAAGACGAGAAGAUUUGUUUACUACAAUACUCUACGAAUGUUCUUAAGCGAAGAGGCUUUGCUUUCUAGAGCAGAUCUUAGAGUAAAAGAGCUGAGACAAUCAAUGGAUCGUCUUACAGCCGAAAGUUAAAAGCUAGAGAUUUGGAGGCUGUUGGUUUUUGGAGUAAGAGGAGUAGCAAGACUUUUGAUCCUUUUUUAUUUUCACUACUUGAGGCUUUUUCUAUAUAGAUUUCAUGUCUCGUUUUAUACAUUUUAGAAAAGAAAAUGUAUUGUAGUUUGAACUAAUCAUUUCUUUUUGUUUCUUUUAUGAGAAAUGGUGAGAAUUUGUAUA